UUACUUCCGAUUAAUUCUGCGUUACAUUUUAUUUGAUUUACAACUGAAAUACAUGUGAUAGUUUGCAAACUUAGAUGAACAACACUUAGUUUUUAUUAUCUAAGAGCUGAAUUUAUACAUCUCUUGAUUAAUAUACCUGUACUAGGUCGUUAUUCAUGUGAGAGACACUUGUUGCUAACCACGCUAUUGUGUAUCGCACCUUGUCAACAAUCUCCAUUUACGUAGAGAGCAGCACACACGUGCCUUAAGGGUGGCAAAAUGAGUGCCGCGAUGGUUGACAGAAAUCCAGAGUACCCCUCAGCUGAUUAUAGUCGGUCCAUGUACGACUCCAGACCACAGAAUGAUUAUGGACGUCCAUCAUACGACUACAGUCGUCCCACUUAUGAUUCGUACCAGCAACCUGGGGACUAUAACCGAUCAUCCUAUGACCCUCCCCGGGCCCAGGAGAGGUAUGACCAACCCUCACAGUACCAGAGGGCCCCUGACCCACCAGUGAUAACUUCUGGGAUAGUCAGUUUAAGUGAUGAAAAAGCCAAAGAGCGCAAACAUCUGAUACAGAUGGAAAUGCGUAAGGAAUACGAGGACCACAUACGGCGACAAAAGCCUGUGUAUUAUACCACAGGAGCCCCAGAGCAGGGACUCCCCAUAGGAAACUAUGGCCAGACUCGCAAGGUUCUGAACGAUGAACGCCACCGAGACUACAAUAAAUUUAUAAAGGAGAAAGAGGAACAAGUAAACAGACAUCGAGAUGAGGUGUUACAGCAGCGACAAGCCUCACCCCCACGUCAGCCCCAGACUGAGAUGUACGACCACAAUCAGAUGUCACAGACACUCCGGGAGGAGAGGAGGAAAGAGUACAAUGAUUACCUGAAACAGAAGGAGAUUCUGGAGCAUGAAAACGCUCAUCGACCAGUAACUCCCCCUGGUGGCCUGGCUAUAGGGGGAUAUGAUGUAUAUCGCAAUCAACUCAAAGCAGAUAGAGUGCGUGAAUAUAGGGAGUCUUUGCUUAAGCAACAAAAUGAGCAAUGGUUGCAAAGAGCAAAAGAAUUUGAAUUGGACACCUCCCCAAGCCAUGAAGGGCACUUGGAUUCUGAGCGCCCUCUAGUGGGCUCUCCGCGGAACGUAAUCAUAGAUUAUAAAAAACUUAAAGAAGAGCUAAAAGCAGAGCGUAAGAAUGAUUAUAAUCGACUUUUGGAACAGAAAGAGGUUAAUGGUACCCCCCGUGCCCCUCCCACCCCACCUGUGGGCCUCAAUAUACCCACGGAAGCUGAGAGACACAGAAUUGCUGAGCUCAAGAAGAAGCAAUAUCGAGAGGAGUUACUGAGGCAACAAAAAGAGCAAAUUCUGAACCGAGCUCAACACCAACUGGAAAUUCCGGUGAUUGACCGUCGCCAGGCAAUUUCUGACCCCCCACCUCCCCUUGAUUUGUCCCAGGAUCGCCCACCCUCAGGGAGAUGGGACCCUGAUUCUUACAGACAGCCCAAUUUCGGUGCCGUAAAGAGAGUAACAUCCCCCCCACACCAAGCUAACAUCGGCCAUGAUGAUUACGGAUCAUACCGCAGACAGACUGAACAUGAAGUCAGAAACAAGGAGUACAACGAAUUCCUGGCCAAAAAACAAAAUUUGGAGGAUGAGAGGCGGCAAAAAUUAGUGGAGCAGCGUCGACAGGCUCCGGCACCGAUCAUCAAGGGAGACUACUACAGCUCGGAACAGUACGACCACAAAAGGCAGGCACUGAGAGACCAGCAACACAGAGAGUAUCAGAAUUACCUCAAAAGCGAUGAUCUGUUGAAUCCAAUGUGGAAGGGUAAUAUUACCAGCCUCCCUAUGGUAGAAAGUGAGCUCAGGUACAAUGAGUUUCGCAAAAUGCAGGAAAAACAGAGAAAUAGGGACUACAAUUUUCAUCUCAAGCAUGAACAGCAAAGUAAGCGAGCCCCAACACCAGAUUACCUACAGGGGUUACCCCUCAGUCAACGGCAAUAUGAUAACAUGCGUAAAAUGCAGGAAAAACAACGAAAUCAGGAAUACAACCAACUGCUGGCAAAGAAAGGUUUUGAUAGACACCAACCUCCGGAGACAAAUCGGCGACCAGAGCUAGGGAUGAGAAGCGAGUUCCAGGACCAGUUCCAAGACCCUCUGGCUAACAGGAGCACACACUCCUCUGAGAUGGAACAAUAUAUGAGUCGCGUUGACAAUCAGGCCCGAUUUAAUCUGAAUUCACAUAUACAGAUUGCCCCUCAGGCUGUGUCCAGUGAUUAUGCUCGGACCCACAGUGGCAAGCUCCAAUCUUACGGAUUGAUGACAGAAACACAUGAUCAGUUUAGAAGCCCAACUAUUAAAAGACAAGAAAUGUUGGAUCAGCAGGAGCCAGCAGGCAGACAGUCCCAGAGGAAUGUACCCCUGGGGUCCCUAAUCACGGGAGACAGGGUGGACUACCCCAGCAGUGCUAAUGUGAAAUUUAACAAUGAACGUCGCAGGGAGUACAAUGAAUACAUUAAGCCCCAAGAUCUUAAGAACAUCCACAGAAAGAGAGAGGAGGCAAUAUCUAAGAUUGAAUCUGAAGGCAUAGACUUGGACAAAGUCCGAAUCUUCCCUCAGGGAGAAUAUCAAGACAAACACAAACAAUUACAGGAAGAAUGGAGAAAAAACUUCCGCGAUUUCGCUGCUAAGAAGCAUGAAAUAGUAAAGAAAGAGCUAGAGGAACGUGAGCAGGAACUAGCAAAAUAUUACCGUAAGGAGAUAGAUAACCCUCACAUCCUGCCUGUCGGGGAAUACAAGGACAAACAGAAACUUUUCCAGCAGCAGUGGCGAGAGGAAUGUCGGGACUAUUACUCAGGGCACCCUGUGGUUCAGAAGUCAAAAGAGAUUUGGAAGGAGGAUGAACCUGUUCACACCAUACCACAGUCCGGAGAAUACAAAGGUCGCAGAGAAAGGCUGAAUAAUGCACUACGAGAGGAGUUCAAAGAAUAUCUGAGCCAGAAAACUCCCCCUAAAGAGCGGCUUAAAGUGUUUGGGCAGCAAGGGGCCGUCUUGUUUGAUCCACUGUAUAAUAAGGACACCAAGAAUCGAGUUCGAGAGGAGAGGUCCAAAGAUUUCCAGGACUUCCUGGAGAAACAAGAGGCAGAACGAUACAGGAAGCAGGACAACACGCGAUCGGAGAAUCGCAUCGGUUUCAUGUCACAGCUGGGUAAACCUGUGGAGGAGAUCAGAGAGAGGCUCGCUAAGGAGAGGCAUGAGGAUUACAAUAAGUAUCUACAAAGUAAAUAUAACUCACAGUCACAGCAGCGCCCCCUGGAACGACCCAAGUGGGUGGAUCCCAAAAUUAUGGAAGAUAAUUGGCAGAAGGAAGCUGGAGGAUCAAGGUCCAACAGCCGACCACCGAGUAACAAACCAGUCCAAACUCCGACAUACGAGGAGAUGUUACAGAGAAAGAGGAGAGAGGAGGCUUCCUAUAGACGUUAUGAUGAUCCGGAAUAUUCCAGAUCAGGGGAUCCAGGCAGACGACCCAUGCCGUAAAGACCAAGUGACUGAGAUUACGUUCUGAUUUUUGUACAGUAGAACAGAUAGACCGGCACUGCAUGCACCACUUAAUGUGACUCCGUCCAGUAUUAGACCCUAACAAUCGUGUAGAUUUGAGUAUUAACAAAGAGCAGCUGACCCAAAGUGACUGUAGAUAUUGACUUGUAUAUAUACAAUAACUGACUCGUAUAAGAGUUACUUCCCUUUAUACAGACUCUGCUGACAUAUAUAUAGUGCCUGUUCUCCCUGAUUCAAAACAUUAUUCUACAAGCAAUGACAGUGUGAAGCUUUAAUAUCAUGUAAUUUGUUACUCAUUAAUCAUAUUUUACUUGGAGUUUAUAGGAAAGUGCUAAAUUGUGGUUUUUUGUUAUUUUUUUGUUAAUGUGAAUGUGUCUUAAGUGUGUGCCAUAAUCAAAUCAUUGAAAAAAGUUACCAAGUUACUGAACCCCCAGGUAAAAUAUAUAAAAUACACUGUUUCUGUAAUAUUUAUUCAUUUAUAAGCACAAUGUUGCACUUUUUCUACAACAGUUUAUUUUAUGUGUUUAUUUAUAGUACAUGUAUAUUGAGCCAAAUAUUGUAUAAGAAAACUUGAUACUGCUGAAAGAGGGAAAUAGUUCUGAGUAUGAAUUGUAAUAAUCUGUUAAUGACGUUCUGUUAAAUGUUUCUCAAGUGCUGUAUAAUUUAUUGGCGGUUAAGGAUUUUGAUGUGAUUUAGACUAGGAGAGAAACAGGAAAAUCUUCUCAAUAGAAAUAAAUUAUAA